AUGGAGUUAUACUUGGAUACUAAACAGUCUGGCCUGGGUGAGUCCCACAGUAAUACAACAACAGUGGAGUUACACCUGAACACAAAACUGUCUGGCCUGGCGGGUGCGGUCUAUACUCGCUGGGGACGGACAGAAUGUCCAAGCUACUCUACCACUUUGUACCAAGGUUUGAUGGCCGGGUCACAUUACCAGCACAAGGGUAGCGGUGGCAACCAUUUGUGCCUUCCUCUAAAUCCUCAGUGGAACAAGACUUUUGGCGGACACAAGUCUGAACCUUACCUGUAUGGAUCUGAGUUUGAACUUUACAACACCAAUCCCGUCUUCCACCAGACGAACUCGGGCGGGGAUUUCUUCCACCAAAGGGACAUCCAGUGUGCCGUCUGUUACACACCCGGCAGACCGAGUCACGUGAUGAUCCCAGCCCGCCUAGAGUGUCCAAUCGGAUGGACCGUGGAGUAUCUGGGGUUUCUCAUGGCCGCACAUUAUUCUCACCGGAGGUCUGAGUACGUGUGCGUGGAUCAGGACCCAGAUACUCACCCCGGCACCGCUAAAAACGUCAACAGCAAUCUGCUGUAUAUUGUAGAGGAUGUGUGUGGCCCACUGCCGUGUCCAAACUAUGUUGACGGUUAUGAAGUUACCUGUGUUGUUUGCACAAAAUAA